AUGUAUUUCGAGACAUGCUACCCGGACGGGAUCUACGCCUGGGCACCAUGCCUCGCAGACCUUUUCGAGGAUGGCAUUCGUCCCGAGCCACACUGUUUCAUUCGUCUCCAGCAUAUGCACAACCUGGAUUCUGUCCUGUUUCCCUUCACAACCCUUUCCGGCUUUUCCAUUUGCGUCUCCCGCUCGCUCACAUUUCCCUCGCGACCUUUUUCCUUCACCUCUGCUGCCCACUGGACUAGCACACUUGUCGUCCGUUUGAGCAUCGUCGUGCCGGAGACACGAGUUCAUCUCAUCUGCUUCAUUUUCUGUCCCCGUGCCCCCAUCGCCCCACCCCCUCUUUCUACAUACCCUCAACUCGAGCCCCCUGGUCCUAUUGUAUGGCAGAGGCUGAGCGACACUCUCUCUUCCGCUCUUCUCUUGCAGUUCUCAACCAGUCUGCAAGAAAUGAAGCUUGACAACUGUGGACUUGUCUACACAUGCAGCCAUGCACAGGCACGCAGGCUCAGUUGCUGGUCGACAAGCGCCAAGCGGCAGGCCACUCAACGGGAUAGAGUUAAUUUACCUCCGACGGUUGACGGAUGCCAACCAGCCAGGCGUUCAAAUGCAGUAAAUUUAGCUUCAGCACAUGCACUAUUCAGACUGUGGAUACUCCUCCAUUUUCCGACCCUUUCUGCUCACCCAAAAGCCUGCAUUACAUUCUCUUGCGUCUACCGUGACGACCAAGGCGACAGGGUAGGCAGACAGUUGCCAGCCGGCUUAGGCAGCCAUUCUGCGCAGGGUUGUCAUAGUCUCCGUUGGCUAUCGGACGGACGGGUACCAGUUGCCUUCAGGCCUCCGGUCGACUGGACGGAGAGGCAGACGUCCUGUCUCGCAGAGCUGCGUUGCCAUGAGACUGCCGCCUGA